AUGGGAGCCAGCACAGUGGCCACCACAGAAGAGCCUCCGCUAACAGAGAUAGAUACGGAUUCCAGCGAACCGAAACCGCUUCCGAGGAAUGGGAGUGAUACAUACGACGACUACAAACAAGAUUAUGUGAGUGACACGCGGAAGAACCACGAACAGCAUGACAUCACCACCGACAACGGCCACCAUAUGGACAAGGCCGAGGAUGAAGGGAAACAAAGCUCACACGAUAACCAGAGCCCGGCUGAAUCGAAUACUGGCUCGACUACUCCUGUGGAGCCAAAUGACGGCGACGAUGACGCCAAGCAAGAGUACACUAAUGACCUACAAUUCAAGAAGAAAGAUCUCAAGAAACCUAGAACCCAGUCCUUCCAGCUGGUGCUUUCUACUGCAUCCCUUAAAUCUUUGAGACAGGCUGACGUUAAUAACCCUCCUCCUUUACAGAGAAACUCAAGUAAUCUUGGUAACCUGACGCAAACGGGAACAGGGAACCAUAAGAACUUCCAGUCUUUCAUCCAGGCACCGGUUCUUCUGUCAGUCAGUAAUCUCCGUGCCUUGGAUAACAUUGUCAUUGGCCAGCAGCUCCCCUUUGAUCAUAAAGACGCGCCAGCAGAAAGUGAGCUGAAUAGACUGAGACAUAAUAGUAAUGUCACCCAGACCACUUCCCAACCACCCGUGAAGGACGAACGCGACGACGAUGAUGAAUACAGAGAAGAAACAAUCUUGCAACAACAGAAACUCACCUUGAAUGCUUUAAAGAAGUUAUCAUUAUCUUUGGCUCCUAUCAUCCGGUCAGACGAGGAGACCGGACCAGAAUCGAGGCAACUUACAACUAAACUGCUUAACGGCCUGCUCCGGCCGGAGUCCAAGUUAGAGCAAAGAAAGGAAGAGAGUAAGGAUAAGGUGACUCAGGCUGAGAAUAAAGCAAAGCCUUACCAACCAGCUCAGGUAGACUUGAGUCUGUUCGCCAGCCUUACAAGACAAAACAAGCAUCUUCCCGAUGCAAAGAACUUGCAACUCCAGCCUAAACAAACAAGCGAUCAGCAGCAACAGCCUGCCGCCCCUAAUCCUUCCGAGCGUGAUUAUCAUAUGGACAUGCAACGACAGAUGCUCAAUAUGCAAAGUCAGGCAGUCGGCAAUGAACCAGCACAAAAACUUUUGGGACAGGCUUCACUUAUCAAACCUGCUUUUGGCUCUAUUAACGAUAACUCUAUUAAAGAGAACACUCAACAGUCUCAAAGCGCAUUUGGAUCAUUAAACCAGGGAUUGCGUAGCCAGAAGCUUCAACAAUCACAAUCCCAGGUGCUCACGAAUGCUCCUCAUGGUCAGCAGCUUGCUCAUAGCCAGUCCCAUGGUCAAAUACAGAGAGAGAAGAGUGAGACUGAAUUGAAUCCUGUUCUUCCACCCUUGGACAUGAAUGUGCGCAACAGAAAGACCAGCCAAGCAGAUGAUACCCCACUGAAACACAUCAGUUUAACAGACAAGAGAAUCCAGCAGAUUAAAGGCUUCAGAAACCCAAUGUACAUUCCCGCAGUUCUUCGAAAGACACUUGACCAGGAUGCAGACCUCGGACCAUUAUCUAGUGGUCUGGUAGGUGAAAGCGGAAGAGAGUCAUAUUUUGAAGGCCUUUCACGGGUAGGGCUGCCUAGCAGGGAGCUUGGGUCAAGUUCAAACUCGGUUCGCUCGGUUGAUCUGGCGGACAAUAGCAUCACCUCACCAAGUAUCGCUUACACAGGGCCAUACACGCUUAACAAGAAACAAUACGAACAUAUUUUGAGAGCAGCGCCAACAAGAAAGCAUUGGCUUAAAGAUGAAGCAGUCUCACAAUGUGGAAUUAGCUCGUGCCGCAAGCAUUUCAACUUUUUUGAACGCAGACAUCAUUGUCGUCGUUGUGGCGGAAUCUUUUGCAAGGAACAUACGCUGCAUUACUUAUACAUUAAUCAUUUGGCUCAAUUCACUACGGGUGGACGUGGAACCCUUUCUAGGGUCUGUGACAACUGUAUCGAAGAGUAUAACGACUUUAUGAAACAAGAAUUCGGUGUGAGUUGUCAUAGACCAAGAAGCUCAAUCGAUGUGAAUGCCACGCCUGCCAUUGAAGAAAGAGAAAGAGAGGCACCACCUCCCACGAAUAAACCAGUCGCCAGCCCUCGCAAGGAGCUCCUCAAGCAUAAGAACCCACCCACGCGCCAGAGGAACCAGAUUCCUCAGCAAGUGCAAAUCGCAAAGGGCCUCGCUCGUGACGAACAAUCCAACGAACAAAUUGCAGGCAGUGUUCCAGCAAACUGGAGCUGGUCAUCAUUUUAG